AUGACCAAAGUCCUUGUUACAGGCGGAACGGGUUUCGUCGCCGGCCAUGUGAUCAAUGUCCUCCUUCAACGCGGACACUCCGUCCUGACGACAGCUCGAUCGCAAGAGAAGGCUAUGGCUAUUCAUGGAUCUUUCAAAGACGUCCCCAAAAGCAAGCUCGAAACCAUCGUCGUCCCCGACAUUGCAGCCAAAGGAGCCUUUUCCGCUCUCAGCACCCACAGUCUGGAAGCUGUGCUUCAUGUGGCUAGUCCGUUCCAUUACAACGUCACCGACCCGAAGAAGGAUCUGAUUGACCCUGCGGUAUUGGGCACGACUGGAGUUCUGCAUGCGAUCAAAGAAUCCUGCCCAGACGUGAAGCGCGUUGUGGUUACGUCCUCCUUUGCGGCUAUUCUCAACCCAGGCCUUGCCGCCUCGGGGGCGGAGAAGACAUACUCAGAAGAGGAUUGGAGCCCUUUGACCAUUGAAGACGCGUACAUCAGCCCCGUUAGUGCCUACGUCGUAUCCAAAAAGUCUGCAGAGAAGGCCGCCUGGGAUUUCGUCGCCAACGAGAAACCCAAUUUCACACUCUCCACGAUCAACCCGCCAAUGAUUUACGGCCCAGUCAGACUACCGCCGACGACUCUUGCUGAGGUCAACACUUCAAACCAGCUCCUGGCAGAGGUGAUUACUGGCAAGCACAAGGGCGGAAUCCCGCCUACGGCACUGCCUCUCUGGGUCGAUGUUCGCGAUGUGGCAUUGGCUCAUGUCAAGGCCAUGGAGACCAACCAAGCAGCUGGAAAGCGUUUCUUUGUUACCAGCGGCUUCUACAGUAACGCUGAAAUGGGCAAGAUUGUGUGGGACAAGUUCCCAGACUUGCGGGAGAAGUUGCCUGGGCUGGAUGCGAUGGGAGGAGCACCAAACCCGAACCUCAAGUCGUUUGGCUACAACACUUCCAGAGCCGAGGAAAUUCUGGGAAUGAAGUGGACAGUAUAUGAGAAGACUGUGGUGGAUUCCGUGAAGUCUCUGAUGGACUUGGAGGGUUGA